AUGGAGAUUGCUUUGAUUAGGGCCAACAUAGAAGAGGAUAGGGAGGCUGCUAUGGCUCGAUUUUUUCAUGGUCUUAAUAUAGAUAUUGUUAAUCUUGUUGAAUUGCAGCAUUAUGUAGAGAUGGAGGACAUGCUACACAUGGCAAUCAAGAUAGAGCGGCAAUUAAAGCAAAAGAGUACAAAUUCUGCCCAAAACAAAGAAAAGGAAGUGUCUAAGGAUAAUAAAGCUGAAACAAAGGGGGACCAAAGUAAUAAAGGCCGAACUCAAGAAGGCAAGCCCAAAAAGAUCCAAUGCUUUAAAUGCUUAGGCUAUGGACAUAUCUCUUCUCAAUGUCCAAACAAACACACUUUAGCAUUAAAAGGAGGCGAAUUGGUUUAUGCUAGUGAAGAAGAAAGUGGAGCUGAAAGUGAUGAAGAUUCAAUGCCCGAAUUGGAAGAUUGCUAUUCCGAUGAUGGAGCUAAUCAAGAGGGGCAUUCAGGUGAGCUAUGUGGAGUCACCAUUAGAUCCUUGAACGUGCAACAAGGGGCUGAUGAUGAAAGCCAAAGAGAGAACAUCUUCCAUACACGCUGUUUGGUUACAAAGCAAGUUAGGGUGGCGUUUGGUGUGCAAAAGUUCCAAGAUGAAGUAUUGUGUGAUGUGAUCCCAAUGCAAGCUUGUCAUCUACUUUUGGGAAGACCAUGGUUUUUUGAUAGAGAUGUCAUCUACAAGGGGCGUUCAAAUUGCUAUUGUCUUACACUUCACAACAAACUUUAUACUCUUACACCUUUAAGUCCAAAGAUUGUUAAUGAAGACCAACACGUGUUUCCCGAUGAAAUUACAAGUGGAUUACCACCUAUUCGUGGAAUUGAGCACCAAAUUGACUUUGUACCCGGUUCUACCAUACCCAAUAGGCUGGCAUAUAGAGCAAAUCUCGAGAAAACCAAAGAACUACAACGCCAAGUGGAAGAACUUCUUAAUAAAGGUUAUGUUAGGGAAAGUUUAAGUCCAUGUGCUGUUCCUGUUAUACUUGUCCCUAAGAAAGAUGGUUCUUGGCGCAGGUUUGUGGUUAUCUAUUUUGAUGAUAUACUUCUUUAUAGCAGGUCUUAUGAUGAAUAUGUAAAGCACGUGCGUUUAGUUCUUGAAACUUUACGCAAAAAAGUUUUGUUUGCUAACCUCAAGAAGUGCGAUUUUUGCACAAACAAAUUUAUUUUUCUUGGUUUUGUUGUUAAUGCAAAAGGAAUUGAGGUUGAUGAAGAAAAGGUGAAGGCAAUCAAAGAGUGGCCGAUUCCCACAAAUGCAAGUGAAGUUCAAAGUUUUCAUGGACUAGCAAGCUUCUAUAGGCGUUUUGUGAAAGAUUUCAGUACCAUUGCCGCACCAUUGAAUGAAUUAGUAAAGAAAGAUGUAAAGUUUAAUUGGGGAGAAGCACAACAAUCGGCGUUUGACUUGAUCAAACAAAAACUUACUUCUUCUCCUAUUCUAUCUCUUCCUAAUUUUGAUAAAACUUUUGAGAUUGAUUGUGAUGCUUCCGGCAUAGGUAUUGGAGCUAUUCUAAUAACUUUAGAAGUAUGGCAACACUACUUGUUGCCUAAAGAGUUUGUGAUCCACACCGAUCAUGAAUCCUUGAAGUACUUAAAGGGUCAAAACAAGCUGAAUAGAAGUCAUGCUAAAUGGAGUUUUGAACAAUUAAAAGACUUAUAUCAUGAUGAUAGUAAUUUCGGCCAAGUGUAUAAGGCAUGUGAACAAGGUGCGUUUAAUAAGUAUUAUAGGCAUGAUGGUUUUCUUUUCUUUAAAAAACGUUUAUGCAUUCCUUCUUGUCCUAUGCGUGAUUUACUUGUGAAAGAAGUACAUGAGGGUGGUUUGAUGGGACACUUUGGUAUUCAAAAGACUUUAGAUGUAUUGCAUGAUCACUUUUAUUGGCCUUGCAUGAAAAAGGAUGUUAUGAGAUUUUAUGCAAAUUGUAUUGUGUGCAAACAUGCUAAGUCUAAACUUCAACCACAUGGUUUGUAUAUGCCUCUCCCUAUACCUAGUUCACCUUGGGUUGAUAUUUCUAUGGAUUUUAUACUUGGAUUACCUAGAACUAGGCAUGGGCAUGAUAGCAUAUUUGUUGUUAUUGAUAGGUUUUCAAAAAUGGUACAUUUUAUACCUUGUAAGAAAACUAAUGAUGCGCAACAUAUUGUUGAUCUAUUCUUUAAAGAGGUAGUGCGUUUACAUGGUAUGCCACGCACCAUAGUUAGUGAUAGGAAUACUAAGUUUUUGAGCUACUUUUGGAAGACUUUAUGGGGUAAGUUAGGUACACGCUUGUUAUUUUCAACAACUUGUCACCCACAAACCGAUGGUCAAACUAAAGUAGUAAAUAGAACACUAUCACAACCACUACGCACCAUGGUAAAAUGCAACAUUAAGAGUUGGGAAGAUUGCUUGCCGCAUGUAGAAUUUGCUUAUAAUAGAACCAUGCAUUCUUCAACUAAAUUCUGCCCUUUUGAGAUUGUCUAUGGGUUUGUAUCUUUGAGUCCUUUAAAUCUGAUUGCUUUACCUUUAAAGGAACAAACUAACCUUGAUGGCAAGAAAAAUGCCGAAUAUGUGCUUAAAUUGCAUGAUAAUCUAGAGCGCAAGAAUGAAGCAAAUGCUAAACACGCCAACAAAGGAAGAAAAGAGGUGAUCUUUGAACCUAGAGAUUGGGUGUGGAUAUACAUGUGCAAAGAAAGAUUCCCAAAUCAAAGAAAAAGCAAGUUGAUGCCAAGGGGAGAUGGACCUUUUCAAGUAUCGAAACACAUCAACAAUAAUGCUUAUAAGAUGGACUUGUCCGGUCAGUAUGGAGUUAGUGCUACAUUCAAUGUUGUUGAUUUAUCUCCAUUUUCUUUUGAUGAAGGUCUUGAUUCGAGAACGAAUCCUUUCGAGGAGGGAGGGGAUGAUGAAAUCAAGGCUGAUCCUUUACCACCAAGCAAGCCACGAACGGAUCCAUUGAAGUAUGAGGGUCCAAUCACACGAGCUAGAAGCAAGAGAUUCAAGGCUACCUUGUGUUCUUUCAUGGUCCACGUGAUAAAUAAGAUGCAUUCAAGAAGCAAGGAUAGCGAGUUGGACUUAGAAGAUCAAGAUUCAACUUUGAUUAAUUGUAUUUCAUUCAUGGAUUAA